GCUCACUUGCUGAGCCAACUGCACCGCGCAGCAUGCCAGUGUCCAACCCAUUCUCAUACAUAUUCCCAAGGUAAUACAUUGUGAAUUUUGAUAUUAUGUUGAUCGUCAGUUUGCGUCUCUACUCUCAAUGAAUUAGGACAAAAGCUCCGGAAAUUGCUUCUUCUAUAGGAAGAACAACGGACUAUGCAUUUGAGAUGGCUGUCUCAAAUAUUCGUUAUGGAGCAGGAGUUACAAAGGAAGUUGGAAUGGACCUUCAGAAUAUGGGUGCUAGAAAUGUCUGUGUAAUGACAGAUGAGAACCUCUCCCAGCUCCCUCCUGUUGAAACUGUCCUGGAUUCCUUAACAAAGAAUGGAAUAAACUUUAAAGUGUAUAAUAAUGUUAGGGUAGAACCAACUGAUGCGAGUUUCAUGGAAGCUAUUGAAUUUGCCAAAAAUGGAGCUUUUGAUGCCUACGUUGCUGUCGGUGGUGGCUCUUCAAUCGACACCUGUAAAGCAUCCAACCUGUAUGCAUCCAGCCCUGAUUCCGAUUUCUUAGAUUAUGUCAAUGCACCUAUCGGAAAGGGAAAACCUGUCACCGUGCCUCUCAAGCCAUUGAUUGCAAUCCCUACUACAGCUGGAACAGGAAGCGAAACUACAGGCGUUGCCAUUUUUGACUAUGAACACUUAAAAGUAAAAACUGGCAUUGCCUCCAGAGCUAUCAAGCCUACCCUGGGCAUAAUUGAUCCUUUGCAUACCCUUCAUAUGCCUGCACGAGUGGUAGCUAACAGCGGGUUUGAUGUACUUUGCCAUGCUCUGGAAUCCUACACUGCCCUUCCAUACCACAUGCGAAGUCCCUGUCCUUCAAAUCCAAUCAACCGGCCAGCUUACCAGGGCAGCAACCCAAUCAGUGAUGUCUGGGCCAUACACGCAUUGCGCAUCGUAGCCAAAUAUCUGAAAAGAGCCGUCAGAAGUCCUGAUGAUUUCAAAGCAAGAUCUAACAUGCACUUGGCCAGUGCUUUUGCUGGUAUCGGCUUUGGAAAUGCUGGUGUCCAUCUUUGCCAUGGAAUGUCUUAUCCUAUUUCAGGCUUGGUGAAAACUUACAAAGCAAAGGAUUACAAUGUGGAUCACUCUUUAGUGCCACAUGGACUUUCUGUAGUACUCACUUCCCCAGCAGUAUUUACUUUCACGGCACAAAUGUACCCUGAACGACACUUACAGGCUGCAGAGAUACUGGGAGCCGACAUCCGCACUGCCAGAAUCAAAGAUGCCGGGCUUAUUUUGGCAGACACGCUCCGGAAAUUCUUAUUUGAUCUGAAUGUUGAUGAUGGCUUAGCUGCCAUUGGCUAUUCCAAAGCUGAUAUCCCUGCGUUAGUCAAAGGAACCCUGCCUCAGGAAAGAGUAACUAAGCUUGCGCCCCGUCCCCAGUCGGAAGAAGAACUUUCCGCCCUCUUUGAAGCAUCAAUGAAACUCUAUUAAUUUGAACAGAAAGAACUGGAAGACCACUUCACCAGCGCCUUGUACUUUUAUCACCUGCGUGCUGUUUGCCGGUGGCUCCAUCACCUGCGGCUUAAUCUCCAUUUAUAGCGCUUUGCAAAGAUUUAUCCCUACAAAGGAGUCCCUUUAAUGGGGUGAACUGAAACUCUACACCAGAGCAGGCAAGCCUGAGGUUUCAUUUCACUUCUGCCCAUGUAAUAGGGAAGAGCACUUUAGAAAUUUGGUAUUAGCAAAUUUUCCUUGGCUGAAAUCGCUUUUGAAGCAUCCUGCACAGUUUCUUCUUGGCUCCAUGAAGUUGAAGUCAUAAGAAGGCAGAAGAGUAAAGGGGGAAGGUGGCAGGAGCAUCCCGGCCUCACGGCUAGAUUUGAGUAAUCUAUUAAUCCCCAUCAUCCAUUACCAGACCUGCCCUCCCUUGCCAGUGCCAUAGAAAUGGAGCCAUGAGAAUCGGGAGCCUGAUAAAGUUUAACACAAGCACUGUUGUAUAUUCAGUUUUGAUUAAAAUUUCCAAAUGCCUAAGGCAGAAUACAUAAUGAGCACGUAACUGUCAUCUCUCUAACUCGAAGCCAUACUUUGCUUCCAGAUUACAGGCCUCGUGAUAAUUGCAUAGCUGGUUUGCUCACUAAAGGAUCGGACCCACUCUUUCUCAGAUGAUGUUUAAGAACACUCGAGACUCAUUUCAUUUAAUUUUCCCAUCCUACUCACAUGCCCAGAAACCGACUAGAGCAAUCAGCAGUAACAGUGAGGGGAGGAGACCCAACCCAGGAUUCCAAGAUGCUCCACUCCCACUAGCUAGAACACUUCUUCUUCCCUAGCACUCGGGAAAAUAACAGGUUGUGGAACCGCCUGAUGUCAACUACAGGCUGACUCCCCAAUCUGGGAAGGUUUCGGGAUGACAACUGUAAUGCUCCCCAAAGAGCCUCUUAGAACAGUUGCACCAGUAAGUGUGACAAAAGGCUGACAGGCCUGAAAUCUUGAAAGGAGAAGGGGAUGGGGAAGCCUAUAGUUUAAGUGGAGAAGAGAGACGGUCCAAUGUGUUUAAGUAGCUCUUGUCACUACAUUUUAAAACCUGUUACAAGUAAUACCAAGAGUUUCAUUCAUAAAGGGAAUAUUAAAAAGUGGUUUAAGAUGAGAUAACAAA